AUGAAUAGUGCUAACUUAUAAAUAUUGGAAAUACUUUUAUCAGACCUUCUACUCAUUCUUGCUGUUUCGUUUGGUAUAGAAUAUCUCUAUUUAAGAAUCUUUUGUACAACCAACUACUCAAAUUCUCAUCUUUGCUAGCAUCAUCAUUUUCUUUACCUUCAUUACUGCUUUCUAUAAAAUACAAAAUUAAAUUCUCAAAAAACAGUACUAAAACCAAUUUUCCAUUAUAUUUAAUCUGAGACUUUUAACAAUCGUAUUAUAUUCUGCACUCUCAAAUUAAGAACUUAACCUAUUACUCAUCAACCAUUUGGAACUAUAAUUCAAUAUUAAAAUAGCUAUCUUAACUAAACUAGCACUUUCGGCUAUUUUAUUUGAUUACUCUAAUCUCUUAACACUACCUUAAAAUUUGGUAUUCUAUUCUUAUUGUUUUUUUGUAUUUCUACAGAUUGGAAUACAUUAUAAAUUCACUCAGAAUUAAUCAAACGAAUAAUUACCUCAGAAACUCACAUUGGAUGCCCCUCCAACAUUUCAUGCAAAAUCUUAAGAAAUUAAAUCAUCCAGAUAAGAUGAGUAUUCAAAAUCACCUGGAAUGUCAUCUUCUGACAUAAAACCAUUGUAAUUGAACAGUGCCCAGCAAGUUUUAAAUGAAGAUGAUCUUAUCAUGUCUAAUAUGUACUAAUGAGUGUAAAAAGAAUAAAGGUCGUGGCUUUCAAAUCAGUCUGUAUUAGUUUACAAUUUAGAAUUUACUAUCGUAUAUUAAACAUUCUAUCUCGGAAAGUUAUAGAAAAACAUAGGGGAUAAGUUUGAUUACGAAGCUACAUUUUUGGAAUCUACCAUAAUAAUCGGAUGUAAAGAGAUAAAUGAACUCUUAGGAUAAACAGGAUUUAGUGAUUCAAUAUUUAGUGAGUAAGUUCAUUAAAUUAACAUUUAGUGGUUCUUUUUUAUUCAAUAAUUUGAAUGAAGUACAUAAAUGUAAAAUCAAAGGGCAAUUUUCACUUAAGGAUUUAACUAAUUUGUUAAUCAAAGAUUUUGAAAAGUAAAAAAUAAAUCUUAUAUUAAUAGAUGGAAAUUUUUCACUCUAACAAUAUUCAAAGUAAAAAAUGAUUUUUUAGAUUUAGAUGGAAUUUAAAUAAAAUUAUUUCUUAAUUACAUAGAAAAUCAUAAGUUUAUUUUAUUUAGUCUUGAACAUCAUCCUAUACCUCCAAAGAUGCAUAAUUAAGAAAUCAAUCUAAUUCUAUAAAAUAUUUAUCUCUCUUAUUCUCAUGAAUCAAUUAAUUUUGUGAAUUGUAUCCUCACAUAUGUUUUAAUACUUAUUCAUCAUAUUGAUCAAUAAAGUAAUGAAACUAAUAAUCAAAUAAAUGUAUUUUUUAAAUUGAUUUUAGAAUUUUGUUGCUAAAGAUUAGAUAGAAUAUUUUAUUAAUUGCUUAUAAAAUAUGAAAUACUCAAGUUAAAGAUACACAUACUUUUUAAAUUCCAUGAAGGACUACAUAUUUUAUUUAAAAAAUCAAUUAUUCUUUAAAAUUAAUACUAUAAAAAUGGAAGAUCUACUUGAUGAUUUACUUUUAAAUUUUGAGCCCAUUUUAUAACUCAAAAAAAUUAAAUUAAUAACUAAUGUAGAUUUGUAAGAUGGUAAUGCAAUUAUCUUCAGUGAUACAGAACGAGUAAACUUAUUAUAUAUUUUAGAUCAAAUAAAUAAUCACCUGUUUACUUAAUUAUUUUUUAUAAUCCUCUUAUUAAAGCUCUAUUAAAUUAGAAAUUAAGAGUUACACUUUAUAAGGUGUGAUGAUCACCAUCAAAGAUACAAAAUCUGAUUUUGAUGAAUUAACUAAAUAAAGAAUAAUAAAUUUAACAAAAAUCUUAAAUUAAUAAUUAAAAAGAUAGAAAACUGUAAAUGAAUUAGACUUUACUAAUCCAUUAGAAUUAUAAAUGAGUAUAAUUCUUUGUUGGUAAUUAGCAGGUUAAUUCAAAAGAGGAUUAGAAUUUUUAAUAGAUAGUUAAGGAUUUUGUACAUUUACAUUUGUAAUAGAAUCUUAAACUUCUCAAAUGAAAUAUCAAAAUUCUGCUGCAGAUACUGGACCAAUAAAAAUAGUAGAUAAAAAGAAGUAUUUUGAAACAUCUUUAUCUUUACUUCUUUAAGAGAAUAUGAAUUCAAAUAAUCCAGGAGGUGGUGAAUCAAAAUUAUUGUCAUUCACUCAAUUGUCUAAAUAAUUGUCCUAAAAACCUACUGAUCCUUUAGAUCUUUAAAGUGCUUAUUUUUCAUAACUUUCUAAGAUUCGACAAGAAACUUCAAAUUCUAAAGCUUUUCCUAAUAGUGGUACAAUCAACAAACAAUCAAGAGAACAUAGUGGAAGUUUUUCAGGAACUUUAAAAUAAUAAAUAUAAUCAGAUAGCAUUUAAUAAAUUUCUCGAAUUCUAAAUAGAAAUAAUUUGAGUGUUAUAGGUAAAAUGGAAUCUCCUCCUCAUGAAUCCCAACAUACAUUUACACUUAUUGAUUUUGGUCAAACUGAAUAAGCAGCUAUUUAAGUAAGAUUACCUGAAUUCAAUCCAAAACUUUUGGCACAUGUAAUUAAAUAUAGAUUAAGGACUAAUUGUUGUUCAAAAGUACUACUUUUAGAUAAUGAUCCAUUUUCAAUUAUUGUCCUAUAGAAAGUACUUUAGAAAUAUGAUAUUAAAUGUGAUUAUUCCUUUAAUGGGGCAUAAGCUAUGGAAGCAAUAGAGAGUAAAAGAAAUUAACCAUGUCAUUGUGGAAAUCGCUUUUAUUUAUUAUACAUAAUCGAUUUAAAUAUUCCAGUAAAGUAAAUACUUAUAUAAUAGAUUUUCAAAGGAGGAGAAUUUGUACAAAGAAUAAAAUAAAUGAUGUAUAUGGGUGAUAUGGAUAAAGGUUUUGCAAUUGCAACAGCUACUGUAGUUGAUUUAAAUAGCAAAUUGGAAUGCUUUCGUAAUGGUAUGGAUUAUUUCAUUACAAAACCAUUUGAUUUAUUAGAGAUCAGUGCAGCAGUGACAUACCUUGAUUUUUGAUUAGUUUAGUAUGAUAG